AUGUACGGGGUGCUACAAGUGUUAGGAACACAGGCGCUCAUCUUCGGUGGAUGGAGCAUAAUUGAUGCCAUCGGAACAAAAAUUAUUCUUGAAGCAUUGUAUAAAAUACCCAUCGCUCGAUUUCAACUUAAGCGUCCUCCGCCGCGCACGUUGGCAGCCAAGUCACACUUCGAAACUGCACGCAUUUUGGUUGCAUUAGCCUACUUUUUGUAUUGUGCAGGGAGAAUUGUCUUAUAUAUGGAGCCAAGUGUUUACAAGGCCCUUGAAAUAGAUGUCACUGCCAGUGACACUGCCAUCAAGCGACGAUUUCGCGAGCUGGCCAAAAUGUAUCACCCGGACAAGGUCGGAGAAGAGCAUGCAGACGUCUUCCGACUCUUGCAUGAAAAGUACUCUUUGAUAUCAGAUCCUGAUACGCGGCUGCUAUAUAAUAUGUUUGGACCCAGAAUUGCUCUUUGGGAAAGGCUCAGCACCCAGACGGAAUAUAUUCAUAACGGCUUCAAGGAAUUAGUCUAUCAGCAUAUUUCCAUGCUUCUUCAACAAGGUCUAGGACUCGUUUUACAUCUUAACCGGUGGACUUCGCGUUCCAUGAAUGUUGGCUCAAUGUGGGCUCUGCUGCUUCAGUCAUGUGUAUUUAUAUUUCAAAUGCGAAUGCUGACUGAUGAAAGGUGGUCAACGUGGCUUGGAUAUGCAACCGGGCUUGCCGUAUUCCAGGCUGUGAGCAUGAUAACAAACAUGCUAUUUCCAUGCAUUCUUUUGCUUCAACAAUGUAAUAUAAGCUUUGACCAGCUUCUUACGGCUGGUAGUUGGAAACAUUUUCGAUUUGCACGAGACCCGCAGCCAGUGCUGAUCGAAUCACCUGACAUGCUUGCAAAAGCGCAUAUGUUACACACUCUUCGUCGUGAGCCUGAAACACUCUCUGAAGCGCGUGAGCAAAUCAAUAUAUUGGUUGCAGCAGUAAAGCAACUAGAUGAAAGUACCAAAAAAAUUUCAGCAACCGAGUCAGAUUCAUAG